AAGCGUCUCCCCUGCCAGGGCAUUUAGCCCAUGACGUAGACUACGCCAAGGCCACGAUGAGAUCCACUGUGGGUCGUUGAAGAAGAUGAAGAAGAUGAAGAAGACGAGGGAACUCUAUCUAAUCGCUUACCGUCACCGUCACCGUCACCGUCACCGUCAUAACCGUAUCGAAACACAAGCUGCCAGCUGCCAUACUAGCCCUUACAGCCAGUGCAGCCCUGAACACGUCUUGCCACUUCAUCCACUUCAUCCACACUCUCACACACAUACUCAUGCCCAUAUACCAAUGCUACAGCGGAGACAGAAGAUCAGAGUCAGCCCCAGCUCAUUGUUACCCGCGGUAAUGAAUGGGACCCAGGGUUGAUGCUCAGGUACAGCAGCACACUCAGCUCCAUACUGUGUGUCCACAGCCGGAAGCAUAGCCGGAUCUGGGAAAGAAAGAAAGUGCCUGUCUUAUCAGUCAGUCUGUGAGUGACCUACUGAUUGCAAAUUAUCAAUCACAAGAAACAUUUGUCGAUCUGGAGCUGCGAAGUCUGAAGCUCAG